AUGGAUGACGCUGCCGUCCUCAAGCGACGAGGCUACAUCAUGGGGAUCAAUUUGGGAGAGGGCUCCUACGCCAAAGUCAAGUCCGCCUACUCGGAGCGCCUCAAGUUCAACGUGGCGGUCAAGAUCAUCGACCGCAAGAGAGCCCCCACCGACUUCCUGGAGAAGUUCCUGCCCCGGGAGAUCGAGAUCCUGGCCAUGCUCAACCACCGCUCCAUCAUCAAGACCUACGAGAUCUUCGAGACGUCCGACGGCAAGGUCUACAUCGUCAUGGAGCUCGGCGUGCAGGGCGACCUCCUCGAGUUCAUCAAGACCCGGGGGGCCCUGCAGGAAGACGAUGCACGCAAGAAGUUCCACCAGCUGUCCUCGGCCGUCAAGUACUGCCACGACCUGGACGUCGUCCACCGCGACCUCAAGUGCGAGAACCUCCUCCUCGACAAGGACUUCAACAUCAAGCUGUCCGACUUCGGCUUCUCCAAGCGCUGCCUGCGGGACGACAGUGGCCGGCUGACGCUGAGCAAGACCUUCUGCGGGUCGGCGGCGUACGCGGCCCCCGAGGUGCUGCAGGGCAUCCCCUACCAGCCCAAGGUGUACGACAUCUGGAGCCUGGGCGUGAUCCUCUACAUCAUGGUCUGCGGCUCCAUGCCGUACGACGACUCCAACAUCAAGAAGAUGCUGCGAAUCCAGAAGGAGCACCGCGUCAACUUCCCGCGCUCCAAGCACCUGACGGGCGAGUGCAAGGACCUCAUCUACCGGAUGCUGCAGCCGGACGUCACCCGGCGCCUGCACAUCGACGAGGUCCUCAGCCACUGCUGGGUGCAGCCCAAGGCCCGGGGCCUGUCCUCCGCAGCCGUCAACAAGGAGGGCGAGGGCUCCCGGGCCCCCGAGCCCCCGGGGACCCCCGAACCCAGCUCCGACAAGAAGUCCGCCACCAAGCUGGAGCCCCGGGAAGAGGCGCAGCCCGAGCCCCGGACUGAGCCCGGCCCCGAGGAGACUGCGACGGUGCAGGUGUCCCGGCAGUCGGAGGCCGUGGGUCUGCCCAGCGAGCAGCCCAGCAAGACCGAGGAGGGGGCGCCCCCGCAGCCUGCAGAGACACAUGCCUAG